CUAUUAACCACGUAUAUAGCAAUAACAUUAGGAUGAGGAACUAGAUUAAUUUUGGGUCUACCGAUCGAACCUUUUAAGAAGCCCUAUAGUCAUGAUGGUUAAAGCCAAAGACGUAUUUAAAUGUAUCACUAUAUUCAUUGUUCUUUUUCUAGAAGUUGAGAGCACAAAUUUGAGACCUAUUAUCGGUAUAUUAACUCAAAAGGUAUCAGGAAAAGAAGAAACGUUUAUACCAGCUAGUUAUGUCAAUUAUUUAGAGGCAUCGGGGGCGAGAGUAGUUCCAGUGAGAGCUGAUCAACCCAAACGUUAUUAUGAAAAAGCUUUUUCACAAAUUAAUGGAGUGUUGUUUCCUGGUGGCGGUGUGGGCCUAAUAAGUAGUUAUUAUGCUCAUAGUGGCAGAUAUAUUUAUGACUUAGCUAUAAAGGCUAACGAUGAAGGUGAUUUUUUUCCACUAUGGGGAACUUGUCAAGGCUUUCAACUAUUAACUAAUCUAACAGCAGAUGUCGAUUUAUUAAGCAGUACUGAUAGUGAAAAUUUACCUUUACCUCUAAAUAUCUCAAAAUCUUUAGCAGGCAAGAGUAGGUUGUUUGGCCCAUUGCCGUCAAGAAUUUAUGACUUUCUAACACAGAAACCUGUUACAUAUAAUAACCAUCACUACAGCAUGACAACAAAGACAUUCCAUAAUACUAAAUCAUUAUAUAGCUUCUAUAAUGUGUUAUCAACUAAUACAGAUAGAGAGGGUAUUGAAUUUGUGUCCACUUUCGAAGCGAAAGAUUACCCCUUUUAUGGUGUUCAAUGGCAUCCAGAGAAAAAUAAUUUUGUAUGGAAUCCUAAACUUAAUAUAGACCACGAUGAAAGUGCUGUCGAAGUUAGCCAAUAUAUGUCCAACUUUCUAGUUGCUGAAGCAAGGAAGAGCAAUCAUAAAUUCCAGAAUUCCACGUCAGAAAUUCAAGCAAUGAUUGAUAACUAUAAAAGAUCUUAUCACACCGAUGGAACUUUUGAAGUCAUUUACUAUUUCAAUUUAGAAAAUUCAAAAUUCGAUACAUUCCUGUAAAUUUAUAUGUUAAAGUUGAUUUGUUACAUUACAGAUUUUUAUUUUUUCACU